GUUGAUUGUCGUCUUAUUCGUUUCAUGGUCAUUGUGCAUAGCAGUAAAUCUAUCGGUAUAAUUAAUUAUUUGUAGAUUACGUAAAUUUAUUCAAUUUAUAAAAACUCAUCUAAAACUUUGCAGUGAAACCUUAGUAUCACAACAAAUACUUUAUAUAACAGUAUUUGUAUACAGAUAUAAUAGAAAUUUUGAGCGUGCGUGUUUGUAUUUGGUCGAUGAACAGCGGCAUUUUUCAUGGCGUCGGUGUUGAUAAAAGCGUAGAAUUCUUUCGUGAAUCAAAUCAGUUUUGAUGUGCUUGUUUUCGAAAAAAAAAGUUUUAUUCUCAUCAAUCGUUAAUAAAGUUAUGAUUUUUUAUCUACUUUAAGAAAAAGCCAUUGUAUAUUUUCUUCAAGAAGGAAUUAAUAGCAAGUUUUUAAAGUUUUGUAAUCUACAUCGUAUGCGUGCAAUGGGUAAAACGCCAAAGAAGGUUGCCCCUGGAGGCGAUGAGAGCGAUGUGCAGGUUCGAAGGUUAAAAGCGACAAAUGUAUCUUCAAAUUCAAGCGAGGACGGAGAGUGUGAAUCCGAGAUACCGACCAGGCAAAAAUUGAGUGGAGUUGAUAAAGGAGGAAGUGUAUCAAAAAAGGAAUUUAAAAGUAAAUUGCCAGCACCGAAAGUUACAACUCGUUCCUUGCAGAGUGCAAAGAAAUUGGACAAGGUUGUAAAAAUGCAGUCUGAAGCAGAAGAAGCAAAAUUGCAACAAAAAACUCCAAAAGAAGAUGUUAAAUCGAGAUCUAAAUCAAACGAUCCCGAAGUUAUUGUCGAACUUGUGACAGAAACCCCACAAACAAAAAAAACUUCAGACACCAAUCAAGAGGACUCAUCGACUCCAAAAAUGGCUGAAAACGGAUUUAAAGACGAAAAUAAAAAUGGACACAACGAAAAUACCGAUGUAGAACAAUCUCCCGAUUUUGAAGUCUCCCAAAAUGGAAAACACGAAGAUGAUAAUAUGAAAUUGAUAGUAAGCGAGGAUUUAGAUGAGGUGAAUAAAAUCGAUGACGUGAAAAAGGACCAAAUUAAAGAAUCUUCAACAGAUGUCGAAACAAAUAUUGUCGAAUCUACAACAACAGAAAUACCCGAUAUGUCCGAGCAAACAUCCGACAUGAAAGAUAAGGAUAAAUCCAACGAAACUGCAAAUCAAGAGAAUCCAUGUGUAUCCUACGAUAGUUCCAUAACGUUAAAGAAUAUUCAAAUAAAACUCAACGAUUGUCUAAAGGAUAAUUCGAAAUCAGAAGAAAAUCGCGAACAGAGCGUUGAAGCUGCAUAUAAAGAUCUUUCAUUUGGAAAGACAUUGCGAACAAUUUCCGGAAGACGUUCAUUGAGCCGUCUACGACACGUGACUCUUCGUGAACACAACCGAAUGUCACCGAAUAAUUCUCUAUUCGUCAAUACCUCGACAAUGUCCCAAGACGACGAUUUCAAAGUUCUUCGUCAUCGUGCCGGUCUCUCGGACAGUGUCCUCAGUAAUGGAACACCAUCGGACAGAAAGAGAAAAUUGUGCGCUGAAGAAUCGAAUACAUCGAAAAAAUUGAAAACCGAUUCUGAAAGUAGUUUCUUCAAUUCCUCCUUGGAAUUACUCAAGAGUUUUCGCAGGCCUAUUCAAGUUUCCACGCCCAACAUCGAAGGCUACAAAUUCCAAACGGAUAAGCUUGACAAAGACAAUGCGGCAGUAAAUGAUACUAAAAAUGGAGACAACAAAUGGUGUGCUCUUAUGUAAAACGAGAAAGGAAGAAAAUUACCAAAUUCGGACAAAAAAAAAAUUGUACGACCAUAAAAAGGGUAUUAUACAUUUUAUUUGAAACACUAGAUUUAAAAAAUGAAUCGCAAAGUUUUUUUAUAAUAUUGGUAAUGAAAAUUAUCUUAUUUAUAUAGAUAUAUCGAAAAAAAUUAUCGAUACUCGUGAUUCUUUACUUUAGGAUUCUAAUUUUGUUGGGAGAGAUAUUUCUUCGAAAGUAUUAUACUAAAAAAAUAUUUAGAUAUAUUUUAUCGAUUGCGACUACUUAAUUUUUUUUAAAUUUCUGGUAGUGUUUGUUUGAACUACAACAUUUUUACCCAAAAUGGAAUUUUACAUUCUCUUCAAUUUGUAAAUUCGUCUAAUUUGUAAAUUCAGAAAAUCCAGAUAAUUCAGAUAAUUCGGAAAAUUUAGAAUUCAAAGAAAUUCGUUUCAGUAAUAUGUACAUUCGUCUUUAAUUUUAUCAAAUUGUUCUCUUCACUGUCUACUGAAAAUUAUUUCAUUGUUCCAUUUUACCAUAGUGACGAAAAUUAAUUCUUCAUGCUUCCUUUAUGAAAAACUUUAUUAAGAAAAAAAAACUACAACUCUAAAUCUUAAUUAAUACGUAUUAUUAUUUUUCUAAUAUAGAACACUGUUAAAUCAAAGAAAUUUUCACAAUGUUGUUUUAAACUUUUUACAUUGAUAAAUAUUACCGUAUCAAUUAUAUGUAUGCAAUAUUGUAUUGAAUAUAAAAAGUGUACGCCUUUUGAAAAUGUAAUAGCGUAUUUAUAAAUAUAUUUAAAAAGAAAAAAACAAAUAUCUACGUAUUUACGCAAAUUUUAUAUGAUCGUUAUAUCAUGAUCAUGAUCAACAAAUAAUGUUUUGUAUUUCUAAUCUUACGUAUAAAAUAAUUAAUACUCAAAAAUGUAAAAUUAAAUUGUGUUAGAAAAUAACGAGAAAAGUCCGAAGUCAUAAGAAGGUUUUUUACGUUUAUAUAUUAUUAUUAAAGAAAAUAUUCCUAAAAAAAUGUUUACUGGUUGGAGUAGAAAGUUGAAUAUUUUUUCUAUUCAUAGUUUUUUACAAGCUAAUUGCAAAACUUGAAAAUUUAAGAAGAAAAUAAAAAAAUUUGUAUAUAUAUAUAAAAAAUAAAUAAGUUUAUAAUAAAAAUAAAAUGAUACAAAGUUCU